AUGUUCUGGAGUCGGAGUUCUCGCGCGGUGCGCCAGCAAUGGCGUCUUUACAGUAGCCUCAGUCGGCAGUCUCGACACUUGCGCGCCCCAACUCCCUCUCCGCUCUCUCCGCUGUCUGCGCCGACGGCAAGGGCCUUCCACGCAACAGGUGCACUCAGCGUCGUAAAGCCCGUGCUGCUCGCCGAUAUUGGGGAAGGCAUUGUCGAAGUCGAGAUCAUCCAAUGGUUCGUCGAACCUGGGGCUCGUGUCGAGGAGUUCUCGCCGCUAUGCGAAGUCCAGAGUGACAAGGCCUCGGUCGAAAUUACCAGCCGCUUCGCGGGUGUUGUCAAGAAGCUACACUACGAGGCCGGUGAGGUAGCCAAGGUCGGGAAAGCCUUUGUCGACAUCGACAUUGAGGGAGACGCAAAAGAUGAGGCCCUAGCGGCUCUAACACCGCCUGAGCCUGCGCAGCAGGAGAGCAAUCGGGAGUCAGAUGCAGUUCCCGCGUCUACAGCAACUCACGCACCGGAACCUGCGCUAAGGGAGAAUCGAGCACAAGACGCACCGACACAGAAAGGGAAACAUGCAACACUCGCAACGCCCGCUGUCAGGCAUCUCUCAAAGGAGUUGUCAGUCGACAUCUCACAGAUCAAUGGAACAGGCAGGGACGGAAGAGUCACCAAGGAGGAUAUUUACAGAUUUGUCGAGAGAAGGGACGCAGCACCUUCUCGGGUGCCGCCUCCACAGCCAUCCCCUGCGAUGCCUGCGGCUGGCAUGUUCUCGUCACCAGCAGCGCCGGGCUCCGAGGAGCAGAAGGAAACACCGCUUGCUUUAACAAGAACGCAGGAGAUGAUGUUCAAGACCAUGACGCGCUCGCUUAGCAUACCUCACUUCCUGUAUGCCGACGAAGUCGACUUUACGUCGCUCGUCGAGCUGCGUGGGCGUCUCAACAAAGUCUUAUCCAAGUCUGGCCUGAGCGACGGCCAAGUCAGCAAGCUCUCCUACCUCCCAUUCAUCAUCAAGGCCGUGUCGAUGGCGUUAUACAAGUAUCCGAUUCUCAAUGCAAGGGUCGAUGUCGAGAGCGCAAACGGCAACGGCAAACCGAAGCUCGUCCUACGGAGCCAGCACAACAUUGGCGUCGCCAUGGACACGCCGUCCGGGCUGCUUGUGCCCGUCAUCAAGAACGUGGGGUCUUUGAACAUUCUCGGUAUAGCUGCCGAGCUUGCUAGGUUGCAGAGCCUGGCCGUAGUAGGAAAGCUCUCCCCGCAAGACAUGUCCGGGGGCACCAUCACGGUCAGCAACAUUGGCAAUAUCGGCGGAACGUACCUUUCGCCAGUGGUUGUGGAGCGGGAAGUGGCCAUCCUCGGUAUCGGCCGCAUGCGCACCGUGCCAGCGUUCUCCACGACGCCCGGGGAAGAGGACAAGGUGGUGCGACGGCAGGUGUGCAAUUUCAGCUGGAGUGCCGACCACCGAGUCGUCGACGGCGCAACCAUGGCCCGUGCAGCCGAGGUUGUGAGGGCCAUUGUCGAGGAGCCGGAUGUCAUGGUCAUGCACCUGCGGUAG